CGUGCGAGUGGCCCGAGUGUGGCGAGAGUGUCAGCCAGGCGCAGAGCCAGCCGUCGGGAGUCGGGAUGCCGCAGAGGUUUCUGGGUAUGCGGUGGGAGCCAUAUUUUUUCAAUAUCAGUUACGCGAAAACGGCGUAGCGCACCGGGCACAGCAUCUGGCGGGCACGGCAUUCCGAUCGGCGGAUCGGCCGCGCGACGUCCGUGUCGGCCGGCGGUGAGAGUGGAGUCUCGGGGCCGCGUUAAAACGCAGAACGGCGUACGCGAUUAUCCGACGCGCGUACGGCCGUCGCCGCUCGCCGCGUCCGCGCCGCUGCCGUCGCUUGUCAACCGAAAAUAAUAUAAUAACACCCGGGGGGGCGAGAGAGAGAGAGAGAGAGAGAGUGAGGGAGAGCGGGGAGGUGAGGCCGCUCCGUGAGAAACGGAGUAGCGCGGACCGCGCAGGUGUUCGGCACGGCGAGAGGGUUAGUUAACUUAACCCGAGAGUUCGUAACCGCGCUCGUAGUGGUGAUACGUGGUAGUAGUAGGAAGGUAGUAGUGGUGGCCGUCGCGCGGUAGUGGUGGUGGUACGAGAGUACGAGGUAGUGGAAAUGGUGAUGGUGGUGGUGGAAGAGUGCCGGUGGUGGUGGUCGUGAUACUCGCUGCUGCUGCUGCGGCUGCUGCUGUGACGAUGACACAGCGUCACAACACGACGUUCGUCCGUCCGUGCGCGAUUUAACCCGAAUCGUUACGCCAGCGGCGUAAAAGUGUGUCUCUCUUUUUUUUUUUGCCGUUCCUCUCUUUCGUACGGAACGCGGCGUGCGCGUUCGCGCCAUAUUUACCGAUCGAGCGCCGACCGCGGACGACUCGAGCCGAGCCGAGCCGCCUGAAGUCCGGCGCGAUUAAAGCCGCGGCAUAUACGCAGUCAGUAGUCAGUGUCGAGGGAGAUGGCACGCCGCUCGGCCGCGUUAUCGCAUUCGCCGGGAUCGUGAUUGUCGGUUGCGUGACGGGUUUUUUUUCGCUCCCCCUCCCCUUCCACCCAUCUCUCGCGAUAUCCCAAGCGGCGUGCCGUUCGGCGUAAUGACAUAAUUGAGUGCGUGUCUUCGGUGCGUUCGCGUACUCGGGAGUGCGUACGCGCGACGACUCGAUCGGAGGGACGGAGUAAUGUUGUGGUGGCUGUGAAGUAAGGCGCGAGUUUUCGAAGGACUCUCGAUCCGUUUUAACGAGUGUGUCGGUGGGGCGCGCUUCGAUUUCGAAUCGCCGGGUGCCGGGUGCCGGGAUUAAGCCGCGACGCAGUUGCGCGCCGCGACAUCGGGGGGAAUCCUCGUCGAUUUCGCGUCGCGGCGGCGGGGACCCGCGAACAGUGAACACGGCGGGUGGCGGCAACUAUACGACCACGGGCCGUCACCUUGAGCCGAGAGCGAGAGACCUUUCGCGCGUACGUAGGCUCUCGCUCGCUCCGCUUCGGAGAGAGACGUAAUUCCCCGCCGAUAAACGAGCGGCUCGGGCCUCGGGCCUCGGGCCGGCUAUGAGAGUUUCGAGUCAAUCGAGUCGAGUUAACGGCAGUCGCGACCUUGCUCGACGCCGCUGCCGCCGCCUCGCGCACGAUCAUGCUACGUAACGACUCGCGACGUGUGCAACGCUCGACCGCGCGGCAAGAGGACGCGGCGUGGAACGUCGCCGUGCCGCGGCACCGAGUCUUCUGAAAGUGGGAGAUUAGAGAGAGAAAGAGCGAUAGCAAAGCGGCGGAAACGCGGAGGGAAAACGUCAGCCGGCCGGCCGGCACCCGAUGGCGCCGUUUCGAAUUCCGAUCGCGUUCGCGUGCGACGACGUGUCACCAGCUGCGACAUUUUGACGAGCGUACGUCUUACCUCAGGAAAGGAAGAGGCGGAAGAGGAGGAGGCGGUGGAGGCGGUGGAGAAGGAGGGGAAGGAGAAGGAAGACGAGCGAGGAGCGAGGAGCGAGCGGAACCGAAGGAGGGAAGCCGAGGAGCCGAGCCGCCGCCGAUCGUCGAAUCUCGCGGGAGAAAACGCAUCCGUCGGCGCGUCCCGCGCGCCGUGCCCGGCGAUCCCCGCUGGCGCGUCAAGGAGGUUAGACGGCCAUUGACCGGCGGCGAGCAGCGACAGCGACAGUGUGUACUACGCGCGCCAAACACGCGCCGGUUUCGAGUACGCGCGACGUAGGGGAGCGAGCGAUUCCCUUUCCCGCCGUUUCCGCAAGGGGAGGGACGCGAGAACCCUCUUCCCCCCGCCCCCUCCGGGGGAUCCACGCUCGUGUCCGUGUCCGAGUCGCGCGAGCAUUUCAACCCGGUGCGGAUUCGCGUAUAUUAUGUCGUGCUACGUGUGCCGCGCGGAGAGACGCGACGCGACGUGGAACAGCGACAUCGGUGAGAGCGCGCGCGAGGAUAAUUCGUGGACCACAGGAGGUUCGUCGUCAUCGUCGAGCGCGUGAGGAAUCGUGAGCCGGCUCUCGCGGAGGAUGCGGCAGUACCCGCCGCCGGUGUCCCCACGUAGGCGAGCUACGUGCCACGUCGUGCCAGUGAUGUCGUGGGUGUCGUCAGGGUCAUCCGCAGCGCUGCUGGACCUGGACCAUGGCCGGCAAGCCUGAGCAGCCGUCCACGCUCCCUGCUCCCCCGAGUCACGGCCAUCAGCAUCAGCAGCAUCAUCAUCAUCAUCAUCAGCAGCAGCAGCAAGUGCAACAGCAACAGGCGCAGCAGCAACAGCACGCGCAUCAACAGCAGCAGCAAGCUAUACAGCAGAAUAGCGUUCUGGUGUACGUGUCGGGGGAGAACUUCGCGUACGCCACGGCGGUGGGUCAGAAUGUCGCCGCAACCGCUGCUGCCGCUAUCGCGGUCGGUUAUCAGUCGCAGCCGCAACAGCAGCAGCAGCAGCAGACGACGCAGUACGCCGGUAUCCUGCAGGCACCGCAGGUGGCGACGGCGCAGGCGGUUACGACGACCUUUCCCGCCAAAACUGCCGUGUAUUGCGCCGACGACAGCAGUAGCGGGGUCAACGUAGGGAACAACGCCACCUCCGCCACCACCACCACCCCCGCGAUCGGCUGUUGCCGUCUGAAACCGUCGCUCGAGACGACGACGACGACGAUAACGACUACGGCGGUGGCGACGACCGGAGCGGAUGGCUGCGAGUCCAGACAUGCUCCUCCUCUGGCGACCAACGAGGACGAGGAGGAUUACGCGAUGCUGUAUCGACAGGCCAACCUGGGGCAUUCGACGACAGUGUGCGCCACGUCGACGACGACGACGGCGAUGAUGACGCGCGUCGCGGGGUCGCGCGAGAACAAGCGAGCAUCGGAGAACGGAGAACGCUCGACGGCGGACAACGAUCCGAUGGUGUCCGGCGCGAAGACGUAUCAGACCGCGCGGCUCCAGCACGGCGUCGCCGGUGACGCGUACUCCGCGAGGUUGAGCGGCGAGUAUAACGCCACGACGAACAAUAAUAGAAUCGUCGCGGCGCGACCGAUGCGGGAUCCGGGCGACGUCGGUCUUCUCGGUGGUGACGACGAAUGCGUCGCGUACGGUACCACGACGUCCACCGGCGGUAGUAACGGUAUCGCGCUUCAAAACGCCGGCGAGCAACAGGCGGCGACGAGCGUGGACGACAAGAGCCGGCAGCAGGACGGUUUCGAUCAGCAGGCCGCCUCCUCGGCGCCGACGUCGGCGCUGGGCGCGACAGUGGUCAGUGUUGGUGACGGCAGUGUUGGUGUUGGUAGUGGUGCCGCGUCCGGCGGUUGUGACUCGGUGAGGUCCGACGAGUCGUCGAUGACGACCUACAGCAGCCUCAGCAGCCCUGACGAGAGUCAGAGUCAUCAGCAGCCGGGACAGCACGACGGUGGCAUGCCGGUGGCGAGUAAUAAUCAUCCCGGCGGUGGUAGUGCGUGCGCGCAGCAGGCUGCGCGGCAGCAGCCCCCGUCGCGUGUCAACGGUAGUAACAAUAAUGGUGUGCAGCAUAACGCAGUGGUGUUGACAAUGAACGGUAGUGCGGUGGUUACGCAGCAGCAGCAGCAGCAACAACAACAACAACAGCAACUGUCGGCGAUCAGCGUGCCACGUGGAUGGAAAAGGAUAUGCACCAACGGGGUCAUCAUUUACAUCAGUCCAAGCAGUACGGCGCUGGGUUCGCUGGACCAACUGAAGGAAUAUCUGACGACAGUGGGAACCUGCAAAUGCGGCCUCGAGUGCCCGCUCAGACCCGAACAGGUUUUCAACUUCGACCCCAAGGUUGCGACACGACCUUGGAGCCCGGAUCAGGGCAAGACGCGGGAGAUGACCAAGCUCUGCAACCAUAAGAGGAAACUUCUGCUGCCGGCCGCGGCCGCCAGUCCUGUUGCGUCCUGUACGCCGGCGGUCUCGUCGUCGACUUUAUCUUCUGGCCCGACAACGGCCUCGAUUCAUGCGAACGCCGACUCGCCCACGUCACCGGAUAAAGCCAGAAAAGAUGGUCUCAGCAAGAAGAAGAAGAGGAAACUAGCAGGCAUAGGCGGCAUUUAUUCCGGCGUCUCGGUUUCGCAACUUCUGGCACAACGGGAGAGAGCUAUUGCCGCGGUUGCGGCAUCUGGAGUUCAAGGUUCACCGGUGCCUAAUGGAUCGCAGGUAUGGCCGAUUACGAUCCCGAAUCUGCAAGUUCAGCAGAACGGACAACAAAUCUGUCAUCAGUCUUUAAGUUCGCCUUCCCAGAAUCAUGACGUGAGCAGUUGUGCAAGAAAUCCUCAGCAAAGGCUAAAUCAACAUAAUAUGUCGGGCAUGCUGAUGGGCAAUCCGUUGAUUAUGAAUCAGCAGGGCACAAAUUUCAAUAAUAUGACUCAACAGCAACAGCAGCUUUUACAACAGCAACAUCAACAGCUUAUUCUACAACAGCAACAGCAGCAGCAACAGCAGCAGCUCAUCCAGCAGCAUAUCUCGCAGCAGCAGCAACAAUCGCAGCAGUUGUUGCCACAUCAGCAGCAGCUGCAACAUAUGCAAAUUUUACAACAGCAACAACAACAGGAGCAACAACAUCAGAACACCGUAGUAAAUCAAUUAGCGCAACAGCAGGCUCCUCAUUAUAUUAAUCAACUAAAUCAGCAGUCGUUACAUGUAAUGCAACAGCAGCAGCAGCAGCAUUUGAAUCAGCAACAGCAACAACAGCAGCAGCAGCAACAACAACAACAGAUGCACUUGCAACAAAUCCAAAAACACAAUAUGCAACAACAACAGCAUUUAGCUCAGGAAGUGGAUCAACAACAGUCAGCAAAUUAUAAUACUCAACAUUCAGUUGAGAAUUAUGUGCAUCACAUGCAGUCGUCACAAGUGCCGAAUCAAACCGCCCUCCAUCCGCAAUUGCAUCAGCUUCAUCAACACCAAAUGCAACCACAACAGUCACAACAGAAUCAGCACGUUAUGCAACCUCAGUCGACAGAUCACUUCCAGAUGCAGAUUCAGCAGCAACUGCAACAACAGCAGCAGCAACAGCAUCAGCAGCAAAUGUCGCAGGUGUGCAUUCAGCCGCAAUAUUCGAACCAACAAUUGAAUCAUCACUCCGCAGAUAUUAUGCAGCAGCAAACUGGUUCUGCCGUCAUGACCAAUAUCAAUGCUAUUGACAUUCAGAAUAGGCAUAAUCGAGCACCAUCAGUUGAUGAAGAUCUAAAUGCGAAACAGUUACAACAACAACAGCAACAGCAACAACUUUUGUUACAUAAUCAUUCGAUGCAGCGACAUCAUGUGGUCCAAAAUGGCGGUUUGCCAAAUAAUCAUGAAAAUGUUCAACGGAUGUACACUCAGAAUCAAGUACAAUAUCCGGCAAGAAAUUUCGAUCCUUCAAAGGGGACGAAUACAGAUGCUAAGAUGGGACAUCAACAGCAGUUUCUGUCCAAUCACACGGGACGAAGCCCGAACACUAGUCACGCUGUUGAGGUGCAGCAGUCUGGUAUGGGACCAAACGGGCAGCCCGGCAAUAUGCAUUUCAACAACAGAACACCGCCGUGGCAACAAAAUCGUGCCGCGGUUGCAUCCCAUCAACCGUCCGUCACAGUUCAAAACAUUACCUGCAAUUCGUUUGACCGUGUACCACCGCUUCAUCAUCACAUUCCACAGCCUUCCAAUUGGACGGACGAGACCGGACGGAAAAAGGCAAAGUCGAACAAAAUAACAGUGAAGAAACAGCGACAGUAUGGAGUUGCAGAGUUAUCGAGAACGAACAAUACAUUGGAACAUUCGACACCGAGUCCAGUAGACGAAUUCACUGAGAAUCAGCAAAAUAAUGGUCAGAUAGGUUCAACGUUCAAUAGCAGCGGUCCUUCGUUCCUAGAGGAUCCCAGUGGGUACCUCGCUCAGCAAACGGCGCUGUUAAACAGCACGAUAUCGAGACAGACCGGUGUCAGUAGUUCUCAAGUGAGCAUGUUGAACAAUAAUUCGAAAGCAUCGUCUCAGAACAGUCACGGCAUGCAUGUGCCUAACACCUAUAUUCCUCAACCAAAGCCUUCCUCUAUCGCCAGUCCUACGAGUACCUCGUCAUUUGCUUCCGUAAAAAAUCACGCGACCUCGCCAGUUGUUGUACACAGUAGUAUGACGCCGACAUCAAGCAGUGGCACGGAUUCCGAGAGCAGUCCAUGUCAAGGCUGCGCCACCAGCGCCGAUACACAGUCCUACAUUCAGGAUCAGUAUAAGCAGCAGAUGCAGCGACAGUACCUGAUGCACACGGAUCAGCGCGAAGAUCCUGUUACAUCGUCGACGUUCGGCGAGCGAUAUCAAACGAAUAAUCAACCACAAGCUGAUUCUAGACCUAUACAAGGCGGUACUGUGAGCACCAGUCAUGGAUCUCCCAUCGGCACGAAUAGUCCAGCUAAUUCAGACACGCCAGCAGCUUCGACGCCUGGAAUUUCACAACCGGCGACCCCGCAGAGUCUCAUUUCGUCGCAGCCGGCGACACCACAUAGUUAUUCGCAACCGCCGACACCUCAUUCGCACGUCUCGGGCCAAAUGCCAUCGCAAACACUAACUCCACAAGCGCAACAGCAGCUGUCACAAUCCUUAAUCGGUGGCAGCAUCCAAGAACAAAGAUCGGAGACUUCUAGUUCUGGCACGAUGAGUUCCAGUGGUAUUCCACCUAGUACUUCGCCGUCACAGACAUCUUCCUCUGUGUCGGAAAAUUUAACAUCACAAGUAAAACGGCAAAUAACAAGGCAAAAUUCUCUAGAUGGCUAUCAACCUCACCCACACACCGUCAAUGCUGUCUCCAGGAUACCCAUAAACACUUUUGGAGGAACGUCAUCCGUGAUAACAACUAUGGCAAGCGGUCAUACAGUUAGCAGUAACACAAUUACAUCUGUAUUAGCUGGAAGGGCGAACACAGCCACUGUUUCCAUAAACACACCAUCUGCGAUACCGAAUCCCGCUAUACCCAGUCUUCUGCCGAAUAAGCCACAGCAUCAAACACAAUCUACGGUAUUGACGAAUGUGCCGGGCACUCCAGUUACGACUCACUCCUCUAUUUCACUUAGUCAAUCUUCGACGAUGAGCGUGUCUAAAUCACCGCUCGAAAUGGUUCAGAGCGUCGUUAGCAGCAUACAAGUACCUCAGACGAGUACAAACUCAUCGUUGCAGCCACAAAUGCAGCAACAGCAGCAGCAUCAACCACAACAGCAACAACAUCCGCAAGCCAAUGUUCAAGUUCACAACGUUCUCACUUCAGGAGGUAUAUUGAAACAUCCUGCUGGAUCAACGCUACCACCUGGUCAUAUAUUGGUGUCCAGUGGCGGUCAACUCAUAAUGGCGAGUACUGGAUCGGCUAUUAAUGGCGUAAUGGCGCCUCCUCCACCGAAAAUCAUCUCCAAUGCCAAUUCUAUGCCACCAUUGUCGGUAUCACCGAUGGUAACCAGCGUGACCGGAGCCGUCAGUCAAGUAAUCCCUGCGGUGGGUGUAGCCCAGCAAGUGAUAGGGCAACCUACAGUGCUCGUGAAUACUAUUCAGACUCCGGUGUUGAUUCAACCUGGUGUAAUGACGAUGGACAGCAUAGGACAGAACGUGCAGAUACCACAUCUGACAGUUGCCACUGGUAACGUCAUACAAAACACUCAGUCUAUCAUUGACGCAAAUCAGGACGUGUCCAGAACGGUUGGUGCCAAUCAAGGCAUGACGGUGAAUCGACAACCGGCGCUAUUAUCGCCGGAAUCGGCGAUGACCAAGAAAAAGGCAUACAAGAAACGAAAAGCGAAUCCACAAACCGUUGCGUCAAUGCUACACAUUGCCUCGUCCCAGCAAAACGCUGGUAUGUUGAUGCAGUCGCAAUCAAACUUCGCUCAGCAAAACUUUCAGACUCAGAGCAUAGGCGGACCCAUGCUCCAGGCGUUAACUAUCGUGCCUGGUAAAGGCGGGGCACCAGCGCAGCUAGUGAUGAACGGUCAGACCGGCGCAGCGUCCGCGCAAUUUAACACUCAGCAAAUAAUCACAAAUCCUCAACCAGCUCAACAGAUAAAUCUUCUUCAACCGGUGAAUUUAUUGAACGGCACAACCGGGAUGGUUCAGAAUUUCCCUACUAUCCAACAAUUUAUCGUGCCUGGUUUGGGUAGCAUGGUAAUGUCUGCAGACGGAACGGCCACGUUAUUGCAGGAUACGGGUAACAUCGGGAUGCAACUUCAGAUACAGAAUGUCAAUGGCCAGAACGUAUUGACGCCGGUACAAAGUCACGGUGGAAUAUUCAAUCCGAGUCAAAGCAUAUUAGCUGCCGGUCCAGCUGGCAUGGUUAUAAGAGCGCCGCAAGCAACCGGUGGAAAGAUAAUUCAACAACACAGUCCAGGAGCGCAGUUUCUUUCACCGAAUAGCGGCCAGUUCUUAGUGAACGGUACAACAUCCUUUGGGAAUCAACUGAGCCCGAUAGUGGCCAAUGUUAGUCCGAAUCAGCAAGUGACAUUCAACACCUCGCAAGUGAGACCAUCAAACAUGCAAGGUCAACAGGAGUUCAUACAAAUGAAUGGGCAAACGCUUAUGGUACCUUGCGCAACCGCACAGAACAUUGCCGUCUCUUCAGCAUCAAAUCAACAGAACACAACUUUUGUUCAACAGAACACGACGAUCGUACAGCAGCAGACGACCAUGGUUUCAAACAAUCAGAUACCAAAUUUUCAAAACGCAGCUUCUAACGGCGGACAAACAGUCGAUCCUUCUUUAAAUCUCGAUCAUAAUCAGUCAUACAUCCUAAGUUCCGGUAUGAUUCAGGGUAAAGCGGCGUCAUCCUCUCCGAAGAGCGGCGUAAAUUCGCCGUCGUCUGAUCAGAAUGUUGAACAGCAGCAAUACGUGCUCGCUAGUAGUAGCACGACCGUCGUGGAGAAAACGGGUCAACAAAAUGAACAGCACAGCCCAUUGAUGGCAAGGCAUUCUGUAUCGACGCAAACCGCAGGGAACCAAACGAACGUUGCGCAAUCGGCGAUGAUGCGGCAAGGAUCUCCUCCCGACACGACCACCCAUAGUCCAGGAAACAGUCAGAGAUCCAACAGCCCGGCCGUGGACACUACUACACACGGUGCAGCCUCGCCAGCGCCUCCGAUCACUGCUAGACAUCACUCGUCGUCCACGCCUAUGGUUCAUUGCGUGUCGAGCAGCGAACCGGACUCGGGCGACACGCAGGUGGCGUCGGAGGAUUGGAGAAUGCAGGGUAUCGCUACCAAGGAGAUUACGUUGAAUCAACCGAGUCUACACGGAAAGACCUAUGUAGAGUCAACAGUAACAACUGGGAUCCAGAUCUAUACGUCAGAGACGUUGAAGCAAGCCGAAGGUGUGGUGAGCACGGUGAGGUGCGAGGGCAGGGAACAUGCCCUCGGCCGCGGAAUCAAGCGAAAGCUGGACUCCAUCCAUUCCAUGCAUUCUACUCUGCAUGAAGACCAAGAUGUAGCAGAGACAAAGGACGUAGACGACGGGAACCAAUGGAAACUGAUGGUCGGUGACCUAGUGUGGGGCGCAGCAAGAGGAAGUCCGGCCUGGCCGGGAAAAGUCGAGUCUUUGGGCCCCCCGGGUACUAUGACGGUUUGGGUUCGGUGGUACGGGGGCGGGGGCGGUCGCACCCAAGUCGAUGUCAAGGCUCUCAAGUCCCUCUCCGAAGGCCUCGAGGCGCAUCACCGCGCCCGUAAAAAGUUUAGGAAAAGUCGUAAAUUGAAUAUGCAAUUGGAAAACGCAAUACAAGAGGCGAUGGCGGAACUGGACAAGAUAACAGAAGCCUCCAGCGACCAAAAAGAUAUCAAAAAGUCGUCCAAGGUGACAUCGCUGCCGGCAACCAGCUCGAAGGGUAUCAAUGGCGCCGGUAGAUCGGAAGCCAAGAGGUCAUCGAAGAGAGCCGUGGCCACUGUGGACCAUGCCAAAGCCGAACAGAAACAUUGUCGGUGAUCCGUGUCGAUCACGAUUGUUUAGCGAACAUCCCCGAUCGACAACUCUCGCCUGUCGUAAAUCGUAAAGUGUCGACGAUCUUCGCGCAGAAAUGUAAUUAGCCAGCUCUUUCAGUUUAAUAAAUUAUUAACAACAAA